AUGGCGCAGCACCACCUGCACAAUCGGCAACAGACCUUGAAGAGCCUGCGAAGAGUUGUCAAGCUGUGUCAAGACCACGAACUAAGUGUACAUGACUCGGUCUUCAGUACAGGCAAACCUGGCCGCAUAUUUGACUGGCUCAUGUCGCUGCCCAGUGGCGACGAUGCUGUCGAAUGGAUUCAGUUCGGGAUCGACGCUCAUCUCUGCGGAAUGCAGCAACAGCAGCAAGAGGAACUGGAGCAGAAUAUGCGUGAGCUUGGCUUCGUCUAA